AUGACUGUAAUGUGUGAACAAACAAUGGUUGACUCAAACACAUUACUGCCAGAGCUUUUCCUAGACUCUUACGCUGCAAGUGAUAUUUUCGUCGGACCUAGAGAUGCGGCAACUAUGUAUAAAUGUUCGAGCGGAGAAAUGACAUCAACUCUUGCAAAAUGUAAUGGCAUUUCGGAAUGUUUCGAUUCGUCUGAUGAAAUCAGUUGUAACAGACCAGAUGACGGAUCUUGCUUAGAAGAGGAAUUCACAUGUCCAGACGGCCGCUGUAUUCAUGUCAGUAAAGUUUGUGACUUUGUUGAAGAUUGUGUGGAAGCUGCAGACGAAUUUUGUGAAUUUCCGAGUUGUACAGAUGAUCAGUAUAAAUGUGAUAGUGGACAGUGCAUCCAGAAAGACAAACGUUGUGAUUCGAUAAAAAACUGUCUUGAUGCAAGCGAUGAAACAAGUUGUGAUGUGUGUAACGAGAGUAAAGCUUUCCAGUGUGGUGAUAGAUCGUGUAUUUCUGUGCGUCUCGUAUGCGACAUGUAUAGUGAUUGCCCGGAUGGUUCUGAUGAGAUGUCAUGUGACCGAGAGUAUAAAACCUGUGAAGAUAUAUGGCGAAGCGGAAUAACAAAUAGCGGUUAUUUCUAUAUAGGGCAAUCAUAUUAUAUCUAUUGCGAUUUUGAUGGUUUUGGAAAAGAUGGAGGGUUGAUGAAAAUGCAAUAUCUUAAUACCGAUUGGAAACAGCUGGCUGCUAAUAGAUUUCGUAUCGAAACAGCGGGUAUUAGUAUCGCAUUUCGCAGUGGAUACAGAUGUUAUCAAAAGGUAGCAAGUUCAAUAAAAAUGAAACAGAGAUACAAAUGA